AUGGCUCGUAAGCGUAAGGGGCUGGCCCUUAACGACUGCACCCAGGGCCUCUGUCGCCAUCCCAGGGGAUUAUCCGCGCCGCCUGUUCUUGACGGCCAGGGGUCCAGUGCACAGUCGCCCACGGCUGCACCGUCACGUGUGCGCCGUCAGCCUGCAAGGACUGCAGCAACGCACCGGCCAGUCGUGGAGGAAGACGAUGCCGAGGAGGACGACGACGAAGGAGACGACGAAGUCGCCUCCGACGACGAGGAGGAGGAACCUGAGGACCUUGGAAUGUCGCCCAGCGACGACUACGAAGACGACGACGAGGAUGCCGAGGAGGACGCCCCGGAAGAAGCACAGCCAGUCGCUCCGCCGCCGAAACGGAGCACCGCACGCAAGGCAGGGUCCGAUAAGGGCAAAGGCAAGGCGGCGCAACCUGCGGCAAGCCCAGAGCCGCGCAAGAAACGGGCGGCCGCACCAGUCGAGCGCGGCUUAUGGUUUGACAAGGAGAGCACCAUUUCGCCGCGGCGAAAUGGUUCAUGA